AGCACCCUGCUGGCCCUGGAGACGGAGCUGCAGCGUCUGCAGGAGUUCGGCACCCGCCAGCGCAAGCGCGUGGCCGAGGUGCUCAACGGGCUCAUGAAGGACCUGAGCGAAUUCAGCGUCAUUGUGGGCAACGGGGAGAUCAAGCUGCCGGUGGAGAUCAGCGGGGCCAUCGAGGAGGAGUUCACGGUCGCCCGGCUCUACAUCAGCAAGAUCAAGGCGGAGGUGAAGGGGGUGGUGAAGCGCUGCCGCCAGCUGGAGGCGCUGCAGGUCGAGUGCCAGCGGAAGAUGGCCGUGACGGGCCGGGAGCUGGCCGCCUGCCAGCUGCUCAUCUCCCAGCACGAGGCCAAGAUCCGGUCGCUGAGCGAGUACAUGCACAGCGUCGAGCUGAAGAAGCGGCACCUGGAGGAGUCGUACGACACGCUGAGCGAGGAGCUGGCCAAGCUGCAGGCUCAAGAGACCGUGCACGAGGCGGCCCGGAAGGACCAGGAGCAGGACCCGAUCCAGGAUGCCGACGAGGUCAAG